AUGAAACAGCAGAAAAUGAACCCAUUCAAAGGUGGUUCUGGUGGACGCAGGAAGCGCAAGCCAAAAUCGGCAAAGGUCGAAGUCAAGCACGAGUCUGGUAUUAAGGAAGAGCCUAACGACAGUGAAGAUGUCAUGAAAAUACCAAGGCCGAGAGUUGAUGGACGAUAUCGUGCGAAUUAUGAAGGACCGAUGGACUUUGACUAUGACUUCGAUGAAGUAAAGAAUGAUAUCAAGUGUGAAGAAGAAGAGACGGGCAACGAAAAGGACACGACACCAUGUGACCGACCAAAUGAGGGCACCGCCAAUGACAAUGGGGAGAACGAAGAGCCUAUGGGUGACGCAAUCGAAGUUCAACCACCGCAACCAGUCGACAGCGGGCAGAAGCGGAAUGGAAGCUCCAAACAACGAAAUAAUCAAACGAUUCCCAGAAAUCAAGCGGCCAAAAAGCAAAAGAAGCACAAAUGUCAUGUGUGCAAUCAUUUGGCAAAUAGAAAGUUUGACCUUAAAGUACACUUGCGAAUUCACACUGGAGAAAAGCCGUAUCAGUGUGAUGAAAUGAACCCAUUCAAAGGUGUCUCUGGUGGACGCAGAAAGCGCAAAUCAAAGUGCUCAAAUGUUGAAAUCAAGCAAGAGCCGACGAUUAAGGAAGAACUCAAUGACAGCAACGAGGUCAUGAACAUACCACGGCCGAGAGUUGAUGGAAGAUAUCGUGCGAAUUACGAGGGACCGGCCGACUUUGGCUAUGACUUCGAUGAGGUAAAGGAUGAAGUCAAAUGUGAAGAAGAAGAGAUGAGCAAAGACAAAGUCUCGACACCAUGUGAACGAUCAAAUGACGGAGCUGCCAACGAUGAUGGCAACGAAGAGCCUAUGGAUGACACAAUCGAUGUUCAACCACCGCAACCAGUCGGCAGUGGAAAGAAACGGAAUGGAAGCCCCAAACGACGAAACAAACGAAUGAUUCCCAGAAAACAAGUGGCCAAAAAGCAGAAGAAGCACAAAUGUCAUGUGUGCAACCAUUUGGAAAAUUGUAAGUCUCACCUCUUAAGACACUUGCGAAUUCACACUAGAGAAAAGCCGUUUCAGUGUGAUGUUUGUUUGAAGUCCUUAGCACGAAAAAGUGAUUUGAACCGUCAUAAGGAAACGCAUGGCCGAUUCCGCUGUUCAAAAUGUAAACAAGGAUUUGAACUAGAAUCAGCCAAGAUCGAUCAUGAAAAACUAUGUAACCCCCUUCAACUCGAAUGCGAUAUUUGCGGACAUCACACUGUGGUGAAAUCUAGUUUAGCAAUACAUAUGCGGAUUCAUUCAGGGGAAAAGCCGUUCGAGUGCUCAAUUUGUUUCAAGUCAUUUACAAGCAACGCUAAUCACCGAAUUCAUUCAAUGACUCACAAAGAUGAACUACCGAACGCCUGUUCUAAAUGUGGCCGACGAUUCGCCACACCAGACGAUAAGCAAUCACACGAAACGCGCUGCCAACGAAGUCUUUUCGCAUGUAAUCAGUGUCAUUACAAAACUGUUCGCAAGCAACAUUUAAAGCUGCACAUGCAAUCAAGACACGGAGCCAAAAGAUCGAUCGGAUGUGACAUUUGCAGCAAACAAUUCGUCAAACGAAGUGAUUUAAAUCGGCAUUUGUACACGGCACACAGUGACCAAUUCCCAUUCCAAUGCUCCAAGUGCUUUGGAGGAUACGCUACUGAAGAUACAAAAGAGGUCCAUCAAGAUUGCUGUGGCUACCGUCAGUAUCAAUGCCAUUUGUGUGAAGAAUAUCGUCGAAACAUCAUUCCUUUGAAGGCACACAUGCGAAAAGAUCACACCGGGGAGCGGAUUCAAUGCAAAGUGUGUGCAGCGAGCUUUACCCAGAAAAGUCAUGCCAAUCGACACAUGAAAACUGUUCACCGUUUGCAGAAGAAAUAAAUCAUGCAUCGCAUGUGUACAACAAGAAGUUGAGCUGGAAAUCGAUCUUUCAUUCGAUGCCGUCGAAUCGAGGGGGAAAUCACUUAAGAGUAAUUUAAAUGUCACAAGUAAUUAUGAUAAUAGAAAAGUAAUUUUUCCCAAAAAAAAGUAAUUGAGGUAGAUGCCAUCAAUAGUUUGGCUAUGUCUGUUCGGCAUAAAUCACAUACCCGAAGUAUUCUUGGAUACAUAAUCGUGAAAAACAAAAAUUAGUCGUUUUAUAAAAUAAAAAUGAAGAUGAAAAAGAUAGUUUGGUGUGGGCUCGAUUACGUUUUUUUCCAAAAUGCCGCAUUUGACUAAAAUGAAAUUUGUAUAGGACCUAGAAAUAAAACUUACUUCAAGCUCAAUUUUAUAUCUUUUGGUAUUUCAAAACCAAUGUCGUUUUCAAGAACGAACCAGAAAUUGUUUUCCAUUUCAAAUUCUAUUUUUCGAUAUGAGUGUAGUUUGUUUGUUGGCUUGACAAUGUCAAACUUUGACAUAAACGUCUAAUUACUUUCGUAAUUGACUAAAGUAAUAGCGUGC